CGCGAGAGUCGGAGACUAUUGUCAGGCGCCAGCCACUCCACCACCGGAAUGAAAGGUGUGACGCCGUUCGCCGCCGUCCACGUGACGCCGGACCAAGCGCGACGCUAUGAGCGCCAAGCGCGUCAGCUGCUGGACGACACGAUCCGGGAGUUCGACGCGCACGUCGCCGCCUGCGGGAGCGGCAAGAACCCGCUGCACAACAAGUGGCAGUGGAAGCCGCUCAAGACCCAGGAAGGUCUCAACGUGUACAAGGAGCGACAACCGACGCACCCGGAGCUCAACCCGCUCGCAACUCGCAGCACCAAGACUUCAUCCAUCGACUCAGCGUCCAGGGGGAGCUCCACCACCAGCUCAACGACCGACAGAGUAGCGAAGCCAACGAAAGCCCUUGCGAUGGCUGCGUACGCGCCGGAGAUGGCUACUUCUACGUCGUCCGCAGCAGUGCCCGGGGCCUCGUCGGUGGCCUCCGCGGUCAUCACCGGGCGCAUCGACGGCAGCUUGAACGACGCCAUGUAUGGACUCCAUGCGACGGAUUCGCCGGAGCUGCAGCUCCGCCUGCGUUACAUGCCAGACGCGGAGGUGCUUGACACAGCCAUGCUCAGCCUUAUCCAGUCUCCUACUGCAGCCAGCCCCUUCCAGUUCAUCGGCCUGCAGUGGGUCCUUCGCGGCGAGAAACCUGCUCGAGCCAAGUCAAGUUCGCGACGACCGCGAGACUUUGUGGUUCUGGUGUCGUCGGGGUUUGUACAGCACAAAGUAUCGGGCACUUCGGAGCCGCAGGAGAUCGGCUACUACCUGUGCCAGUCGGUGGAGGUGUCGGAGUGCGGAGAACUGGCCAAGCAAGGUUUCACGAGGGGGUGGCUUUCGACCUGUUCACUGUUUACCUCAGCACAGGGCGGCUCGGCGCAGGUAGACGUGUUUUCGCGUGGAUUCGUGGACUUUAAGGGCAAGAUGCAGGAUUACCAGGCCACGAAUAUGAUCACGGCGCUGCUGCUCGCUGGAGUCGCGGAUUCGGCCACCUGCGGCCAGAACAAGAAGCUGGGCUGGCUGCUGAAUUUCAAGGGCGCAGCGGCAGAGUUUCGACGCGCACAGCCGGAGUCGAAGGCCUCGCCAAGUCGCUGCGGCAUCUGCGAGCGCAAGUUCGGCGUAUUGCACAGCGCCGCGUCCUGUAGCCUCUGUCGGGUCAAGAUCUGCUCGCGCUGUCGGGUGAGUCGCGAUGUGAGCUUCGUGAAGCGGCGAGACGCAGCGAUAAGCGCCACGCAGAGCCGAAGUUGGGAUGAGGGCCACAACGCCACGGCCCAGGUGCGCUGCCUGAACGUCAUCCUGUGCAAGAACUGCAAGAUGAAUGCCAGCCACUUGGACGCGCGCGUCAUGGCCCGACGAGAGAUCGAGGCGGGCUACGGACUGAACGAGAUCGCACACAGUGCCCCCGUUAGCAUUGGUGAGAUUGUAGUCCGGAGGAACAGGAACUCGUUCUCCUCAGGAGACUCGUGCGAUAGUUCUACUACGUCACAGAUGCGCGUCUGGACUCCUGGCGCCGACACAGCCAAGCUGCGAGGGCGCGAGGAGAUAUCGAGUGCUGCGGUGGUCUGGAAACCGCCCAAGGCCUUGAUCACCAGGAUGGACAGCGGCAAGUCCAACUUCUCGGACUGCUCCGGGGCCAAGACGGUCUCGUCCGUGUGUUCCUUUGCGUCGACGCUGCCGUCUCCACGAGAUUUAGAGAGAUCUAGCGAGGAGCCGAGCUGCGAGUUGACUACGUACCAGCCGCGUCAACAACACCAGCCUCAGUACGCGGGCGAAGACCCCGAGAUCAUCUACACGCAGCGGUCGGCCAACAUGGCCAACUCUCGAGCAGACUUGGUGCGGAGGAUGCAGGAGCUGCAGAAGAGCGCCGAGUCGGUGUAUCAGUUCACGAGUCAGAUGAACGCCAACACGCGCUACCGCCACCAGCCGCCCGAGUCUUCGUACACCAGCACCUUUAUCUCGGAGCUGGACUAG